CAUCCAGUGCGCUAUCAUCUUCGAAGUAGGGUGCACUGUGAAACAUUUUUUUCGGAUUUAUAUCGGAAUUUAUCCUAUUACAAUGAUCAACCGAAAAUUUCACCGCAUGCCGCUCGCAGUCCAAAGAUAUAAUGAUACCCAAAUCUCCUCUGCUAAAUUUAUAGGAUUAGCAAUCGCUAAGGCUCAGAUGGGAACUAUGUCAAUCUAGCGACAUGUUUCUGUGGGGAAUAAACAAGGUAACACACGAUCGCGGAGGAACGCAACGUGAUCCGAUUGCCGAGGAAACAUACCGCUUGCUGAAAGUAUAGACAGUCAGACACUCGUAAUCACACACAUUCCGUGCUCUUGGUUUAUCCCGUAGUUUGGCCUUGGAAGGGAAAGGAGACUGUUCUUGGCGAGUUUGGAAGCACUGCUCCAGGGCGCUAUGGUGUUCUUCACUUGCAACGCGUGUGGCGAGUCGCUGAAGAAAGCCCAAGUCGAGAAGCACGUCAACAUCUGCCGAGGUUGUGAAGUUUUAUCCUGCAUUGACUGCGGAAAAGACUUUUGGGGCAAUGACUAUAAAAACCAUGUCAAAUGCAUCAGCGAGGACCAGAAGUAUGGAGGCAAGGGCUAUGAAGCCAAGUCCAACAAGGGCGAUGUCAAGCAGCAACAGUGGAUUCAACGGAUUCAUGAAGCAAUGAACAAGCCAGGGAUCAGUCCCAAGCUGAAAGAUGUCUUGAAUCAAGUCAGCUCUUACGACAAUGUUCCAAGGAAAAAGGCUAAGUUUCAGAACUGGAUGAAGAACAGCCUUAAGAUCUAUAACACGAGCUUGUACGAUCAGGUGUGGGACAUCUUCUCUGAGGCAACCAGCACUGGCUCCAGCUCCACACAGCAGAGCGCACCCAAUCAGCCUGCCGAGAGCCAAGCGGAGAGGACCCUAAGCACACAGGCACAGCAGAAUGGCAGCGAGGAGGUUGCUCCCACGGAAAAGAAGAAGAAUAAACGAGAACGCAAAGAGGAGAGGCAGAAGAAGAGUAAGAAGAAGAAGGGAGGGGAGAACAGCGUAGAGGAAGAGCCACAGCAGCAACAGGAAGACAACACCGCGGAGGAACAGAAGAAGAAGAAGAAGAGGAAGAAGGGAGAGGAGAAUGGCAUCGUGGAGGAGGAAGACACCACAGAAAAACAGAAGAAGAAGAAGAAAAAGAAAGGACAAGAGAAUGGUGUCAAGGAAGAGCCACAGCAGCAACAGCAAGAGGAAGACAUCACAGAGAAACAGAAGAAGAAGAGGAAGAGGAAGAGAGGUGAAGAGGAGUCCUCUGCGGGAAAGAAGGAAGGCGGAAGAGAGAACGGACACAGCCUCGAAGAGGAGACGGCCCCCAAGAGACCAAAGAAGUACAAAGGGGACUCUUCAGAAGAUGCCUUGAACACCACAGCGGAGGAGCAGAUGGCUGCGGGGGAUGCUGAAUGCGAAUCAGAUGUCAAAGGUAAAUUCAACUGGAAGGGAACGAUAAAAGCCAUUCUGAGACAGGGACCUGAGGAGGGAGUGCCAGUGAAGAAACUCAAGAAGAAGGUUUUGGCAGCGUACUACUCUUUCACUGGAGAGGGGAAUCACAGGUCAGAGGAGGAGCUGCUCUCCCUCUUUAACAAAAAAGUCAACAAUAACCCAAAGUUUCGAAUUUUGAAGGAAAAAGUCAGGCUAGUAAAAUGAUCGUGUAGGUCGCGGCAGAGUGUGUCAUAUGAACAGAGUCCCACAUUCUUUAGUUUCUGUGUUUCACAGACAGCUGUAUCUAUUAUGGUCC